UGGCUCAGAUCGAGGGAUUUGGGACGGUCAAGGCGUGCACUUGUCAAAUUUCUUCUGUAAGCAAAUGCUGCAUAAAUAUUGCAAUUUAUCCACUCAUCUUCUUUCUACAUGUCAGAAAUCAACGUCAGCAGACCCCGCUAAAAGACUCUAGUGUACCAUCCUCUCUCUGAGCUCCGCCCCUCUCCGUCCUCCGGCUGAUAUAAGGACGCCCACACCGACUCCAAACACUGAGAGAGGGAGAAAACCAGAGGUCACGCUGAUAAGAGGAAAAAAAAGGCCACCGGCAUAUCUGAGAGACUCGACAGAGAGACAAAUCAGAGAGAGAGAGAAGAGACAACACCACGAGCACUGAAGAACACUGCCUGGAGGACAGGACGCCACGUGUGUGUGUGUGUGUGUGUGCAUAUGUGUGUUGAGACAAGCAUAGGUAGAUUCCAGUGAGAGCUGUGAGACUAACAGAGGACGAAAGCACAUCAUGGAUCCCUCGAGUAACUCCGAGGGCCCCGUGGAACACAAAGAAAGGAGGAAAAUCCAGUUCGCCGUCCAGGCAACAGAACCGACUCAGCUGGACCCUCGGCAGGUUGAAAUGAUUCGACGACGAAGACCCACACCGGCCACUUUGUUCAGAGUAGCAGACCAAACAUCUCCUGAGGAUGAUAUCUCCACCCAUCAGUGGGUUGUAGGAGAAAAUGGUGUCCUCAAGCCAAAACGAAUCAACCCGAAUAUCUACCAGCCACCCUCAUUAAAAGCUGUGCAGCAGAUGGCUGAAGCUCAAAUGCAGAAAUUAGGUGUGUAUCCUCAUGUAGAGGAGGAAGGGGAGGAGCCUCUUCAGAGAGAGGGGGAGGAGCUUUCCUCAUCCUGCAUACCUGAUUCACAGGAGCAAAGGGGCAUGGCAGAACACCAGCCUGGCAUAAGAAAGACAGGAACCACGACACCGACUGAUGAAGAGGAGGAGGAGGAAGAAGUGGACGAUAUGGCAGAGGAUGAGUGCAGAAAUAUGGACUGAAAGAGCGAAAGUUUGAGAAACUUAAGAGAUUUUUUCAUAAUGCAGAUCCUUGUUUGUAAAUCAGAAUUAUUGUUCAAUGAUUACUGGUCAAUAAUUCCAUCAUUUGAUAAAAACAGCUGUCUGUUUGUAUUCAGAGACUCUAAAAGACUGGCAUUUUGAAAGGGAUCAAAUAACCUCAAACAAAUAAUUCACCCCGACGUUGCCAUGAAAUAGAAAUAUAAGAUCAAAUCCAUCAGCAGUCAUAUUAUACCAUCCCUGCGUUUCAUACAUUCAGACAAACAAGUAGAAAUGUUUAGUUCUAAGAGCAGCGCGGUACAAAUGUGAAGUGUUGAGAAAUGUGUUCAUGUCAGGUUUUAUGCGUGUGUUUGAGUCUCAGUAUGUUUUGUGAUCGGUGCAUUUCCGUGGGUCUACACUGCCAUCUGGAGUACAGAAAAAUGUUAUAAUGAAUUCCAUGAACUAAUUUGCCAAGAACAACAAUCCCAGAGCACAUGCAAAGUAUUUCACAGCAUUAUUGUGUAGCUUUAUUUGUUAAACCACUGCCCACAUCCUGGCAGUUGGACCUGCACUUCAAACUAUUGUUAAUUUGGCAGAAAAAAAAAAAAAAGAAUCUAAUUAUAUUUGCAUAUUUAUAAAUAUACAUGUAUUUAUAAAAAUGUAACAUUUAAUAUUUGCAUAUUUAUAAAUAUAAUUAUAUUUAUAAAAACAAAACAUUAUAUAUUUGAAAAAAAAAAUAUAUAUAUAUAUAUAUAUAUUAUUUGUUGUAAAUUUUUUUUUUACUAAUUUCUAAAAUUUUUAAUUUCUAAAUUGACCAGAUGUGGCGAAAUCCUAAUGAUGCAAUCGGUAAUUUUUCUGUUUUGGGAGAUUUUCACCUCAUGGAACAAACUAAUCGUGGCUCACUGUGAAUAACUCCUACAAUGUUGUCUUUGUGAAUCAUUUAUGAUUUGUCAGUGAACUUGUGAUCAAAGCUGCUAUAAACAACAUAUUUGCAUCCAGAAUAGAAUUUGCAUCUCUCGAUAUGACUGUAUUUGGUUACAAAUAACUAAAAACAAAUCCAAAUCCAGUGCCUCGGGGUGAACGUUCAGUGCUCAUGCAUAUCAGAAACAUGGAAAUCAUUUCAGUCAAUUACUGUAGUAAACAACUUGCAUUAUUAUUAGCUGGAUAACUUAUUACCUACCUUAGUUUUUAAGUUUAUUCCUUAGCAAAAUCUUUUAAGGGAAAAAUGUUUGAUAAUGAAAUGAAUUAAAAGCCACAUGUUGCUUUUUUUAAGAAACUAUUGCUUUAUAUUGAAUAAUCAUAUUUGUAUGCAUAUCCUCUGAAGCUCAUGCAGGUACAUGUUGAUUUUACUUAACGUAUUAUAGAACAUCUGACAAAAUGUACCUAGUUAGUAAAUAUAUCCAUAGGAACUAUGGAAAUGUUUUAGAUUAAAGUCUCUGUAUCAAUAAAUAUAUUUGCACUGAAAUAAA